AAGAAGCAAGAAGAAUGAUUCGUAUGAUUUCGAUUUGAAUAAAAGUGAAUUGACAGAUGUACAAAUCCGAAAAGAUAAUCUGAUCUCUGGGAUGCACUUGAGUAAAAGAUUACGUUUGCAUUUUUAAAUUCUUCCACGUUGAUCACAAUGGUUGUAAUCUUUUUCUUCAUUGUUGCUCUAACUAUUCCGGCCGCUACUUUUUCGGAAGAAGCCUGCUAUUCGUAUGCCGGUGGUCAUGUUUAUCCUCAAGAAACAACAAAGUCCUCUGUCGGGCAGAACUUAGUUACCAGCAAAGCACAAAUUUCCAAGCCUGCUCCAGCAUGGGAGAGCACAGCCGUCAUCAGGGGAGAGUUCAAAGAAUUAAAAUUAGCAGACUUCAAAGGAAAGUACUUGGUAUUCUUCUUCUAUCCUCUUGAUUUCACUUUUGUCUGCCCAACAGAAAUUAUUGCUUUCAGCGAUCGAGUGAAGGAAUUUCGUGCCAUCAACACUGAAGUAGUCGCCUGUUCAGUGGACUCUCCCUUUACCCACUUGGCAUGGAUGAACACACCGCGCAAAGUGGGAGGAUUGGGUCCCAUCAACAUUCCCCUCCUGUCGGACUUGACGCACCAAAUCUCCAAAGAUUAUGGAGUGUACCUCGAGGACCUUGGACACACCCUCAGGGGCCUGUUCAUCAUUGACGACAAGGGCAUCCUGCGUCAGAUCACCAUGAACGACCUGCCUGUAGGUCGAUCUGUGGACGAGACCUUGCGCCUGGUACAGGCUUUCCAGUACACAGACAAGCAUGGAGAAGUGUGCCCUGCCGGCUGGAAACCGGGAGGAGACACGAUAAUUCCUAAUCCAGCAGACAAACUCAAGUAUUUCAGCAAGUUUGAUUCCUAAGAACAAGUAACACUGCAUCUAUUUUUGAUACAUUUUUCUGUGUAAACUCGUGAUGCGUCAAUAAAGUGAAAAAAAGCUUA